CCUCGUCUCCACACCCCCUCGCAACGGUCAUGGCCUGCCCGCUCCUCACCCUCCCCUCCGAACUCAUUCACGCCAUCGCAUACAGCACCGCCCUCGCCGCCAUCGACGUCAUCUCCCUCGCCUCGACAUGCAUCGCCCUCCACACCAUCCUCCUCGGACCGCCGGGCGAGAGCCACCCGUACCUCCGCGCCAGAGCCAUGGCAUGCCUCGGCCUGCCAGCCGUCGCCGCCACAAGCAACAUACGAGCCAUCGUCAUGGCUCUCAACAAUGAUCGCUCUGCUCAAGCCGUCGACGAUCUCAUGACAUAUCUCGUCAGCUUGCCCUUGGCAAAGGCAAAGGCUCUGGCGUGUCUCCCGGACUUUAUCGCCCUUGUCGACCGCAUGGUUGCCAUCGCGCCCGAGUUGUUCAACACCUCGUACGCCUGCUCCGCAUGGGACUGGCCGUUCUACGUCUGGUGCGCUCACUGGGGUGCAUGGGAGGCGACACACAUGCUGCUGAAGGACGAGAACUUGCACUGCGCCGCCGAUCAUCCUCGCCUGCUUGAGAUAGCCGCUGCUUCGGGCCUCGCUGAAGUGGUCGAGGCGCUGAUGGCGUACCCGGGUGUGGAGGCCAACGGCCAGUUAGCCUUUGUCCGCGCUGCUGCCGGUGGACACCUGGAGCUGGCAAUGCGCCUGGCAGAGCUACCGCAUGUUCAUGUCGCCGGAAACCGGGGUGGUGCCCUCCGCCAGGCCGCAGGCAACGGGCGCGCCGAGGUCAUCGACUGGCUCCUGAGCGAGUGCGACGAGUUUGACGAGGCGGACAUCACCGCCGCUGCCAACAACAGCGCGUUGAGCGGCUCUGGCUCGACGCUCGCUGUCAUCUUUGCCUACACUGACGCACACGACAUCGCCAUCUGCAAGGCAAGCAUCCUCCGCCUCGCUGCCUCGGUCGGACACCCGUCCGUCGUUGCGCUCAUCCUCGACGAUCCCGGCCCGUCGCUGGCAGCCUCGGUCUCCCGCGCGCUCCUUGGCGCAGUCGAGUUUGGCCACGCCGCCGUUGUCGACCUCCUCCUCGCCGAUCCGCGCGUCGACGUCGCCUUUAGGGACGGCGCCCCGCUCGCCGCUGCGCUCCGCCGUGGCAACACCGCCAUCGCCGCCUCCCUUCGCGAUGCUGGAGCUGAUGGUGCACGUGGAGACCGCGUGAUGUGGUUCGAGAGCUACGGCGCCGCCGCCCCGUCUGCUCCGGCUCAGGCCGAGCUCCUAGUCACGCUGGUAGCGCCCGAUGGUUGGUGCCACACCGUCGACAGUGCAGAUCACACCAGCCGUCCUACUGCAGCGACCUUCCAUCCGCUCGGUAGCCUCGCCAACUCCUGUCUCUGGCCGCAGUUUACCAACGAUCUCUCCGAAGCCGUCGCCAAGUACCACAGAGGCCGGCCAGGCAAGUACCCAGGCCGCGUUAUCUCGGAUGCCAUCGAGCUCCUUGCCUCAGGCAAAGACUCAACAGGCAACGAUGUCUCCGGCCGCAACUACAUGCGCCACACCGCCUGGCCGUUGCUGCUGGCUGCCAUCGCCUACCACAUUGAUCUCGGUGGAUACCGCGCACGUGAAGACGCCGUCCUCUCUAUCAACUUUGCUCUCACUGCUGACCUCAUCCGAGCCCGUACCGCCUCUUUCACCCACGACUCUUACGCCGACAUUAACACCCUUCUCGCCGCACUCGUCUCCCAUGCAAUGUUGUCGACGUCAUCGUGGUGGUGA